CCAUUGGCACACAAGACAUGGGUAGAAAAAGUGAUAAGGUUUUGCAAAGUUAAAAUAGGGAUUAAGGAGAAAGGGUAAAAAACAGAACUUCAAUGGUAGUAAUCACCGGAUUCGUGUGUUAGUGAUGGUGGAGUGGCAUCAGUCAGGGAAAUAAGUAUAAAGUUGGAAUGUUAUGUUAUGGUUGUACAAGACAUUGAUGAGGCUACACUUGGAGUAUUGUGUCCAGUUUUGAUCACCCUAUAGGAUAUAACCAAUGUUCGAGGCUCUAAGUUAUAGGUAGAUGUUGGGCUGGAUUCUUGUAUUCUUGUAGCGCAGGCAACCUGAGACUCUGUAUACAUACAAUCAUAAGGGGCAUAGAUAGGAUGAAUACACAAUCUUUUUUCAGGAUAGGGGAAUCAAGAACUAGAGGGUCUAGGUUUAAGGUGAAAAGGGAAAUAGGAACGUGAGGGACAACAUUUUCACACAGUGGGCACUGUGCAUAUGGAAUGAUGUUCCAGAGGAAGUAGUUGAGGCAGGUACAAUAAUAACAUUUACUGUAAAAUACAUUUGGACAUGUGAAUGGAUAGGAAAUGCUUCGAGGGGUAUGGACCAAAUACAUGUAAAUAGGACUUGCUUAGAUGGGGCUCCUUGGUUGGCAUAGAUGAGUUGGUCCGAAUGGCCUGUUUAUGUAUCCUAUGGCUCCAUGUUUCAAGGACAUUCAGGUAAGAGUUGCUAUGAAAUAAAUAACAUGUUGGCUGUGGUCAUCUCUAACAGUAGAGUCAGUUUCCCUUCCCAUGAUAUUCAAUGACAUUAUAUCAACUCAUUAUAUCAACUCAUAUACCCAUUGAGAAGAAGUCAAAUGGACUAAUCACAUAAGUGCAAGAACAGAUUAUGGGUUAUUAUACCAGAGUGAGCCGCUCAUCUCCUGACAUGCCAAUGCAAUGCCUCCAUCAAGAAGUCUGGAGUGUGGUGGAACGCCACAUCUAAACAUGGAAAUCAACAUCUGAAUGAGUCCACUUCAACAGCACUGAAGAAUUGCAGGGUGCAUUUUAGCAUUCAGGCUAAAACUGCGCACUGGAUUUCUACCUAAACCAGUAUUAACUGGUCAUCCUAACCUCUAAUCUCUACCAGCAAGAGGGACAGGAUAGUAGGUGUGUGAAAUACCAGCAAAGUUCCAUUCUAACCUGGAAAUAGAUUGUGGUUCCUUCAAAUCUCCAGGCUCAUUGCCUUGAAACCCCAGCAAGGGCACUGCGGAACUAUGCUCACUUGAAAGACUGCAAUAGCUCUAGAAUGCUGUGCUUAUCAUCGCCUUCCACGGGAAACUAAUGACGGCCUUUAUAACCUACAUCCCGAACAUUCAAGGCGGAUACAAGGAACUGCACAUGCUGGUUUACAAAAAAAUACAUAAAGUGCUGGAGUAACUCAGCAGGUCAGACAGCAUCUGUGGAGAACAGGGAUAGGUGGCGUUUCGGGUCGGGAUCCUUCAGCAGAAGGUCUGAAGAAGGGUCUCGAGCCAAAAUGUCACCUACCCACGUUCUCCAGAGAAGUUGCCUAACCCUCUGUAUUGCUCAAGCGCUGUGUCUUUUUACCCGAAAAUCAUCACUGGACAAACGAUUGUUUAAAAUGUUGAUAUAAUUAACGCGAGAUGUUCUAGCGUCGGUUUCAUGGUAGAGGUAAUACUUCUAUAGAUGCCUUUCUCAAAGGCAGUUAAGCUACUUUAGGGAAUCUAUCCAUUUGUUUAGACCGCGACUUAAAACGUUGAUCCUACAGCGAAACAAUCUAUCCGAACGCGCAGAUCAACUUUUAUUUCUAUGUGGUAACUGAUGUCAGCUUGGUAGUCUUGUCCACCGCCGACAUUAAUUACAUUUAGAUGAUACGACCAAUGGAAAUACAUGACUAGUAUUUCUACCUAACGCAGAGACCAAACGCAGAAGCUGAGGGCUAAAUAAUUUAUUGGGAUGCGCGGAAAAUUAUUAUAAUUUUAUUCCCAGCUCCCGAUUUAUUUAAGAAAAAACAUGGAAUCGGCCAAGAUCUGGCAGAACGAAGCUAUACUGAAAUGACUGCAACCGCCCAUGGAAAUAUGAAGGUUGGCUCCUCACUGGAUAUCUGGGUCGGACAAAAGACCUGGUGCACCAUACCACUGGCAAUAUAGCACAAGCUCUUUAUAUAUAGAUAAAACCCUGGAUCUUCACGGUCAGUUUACGUUUAUUUCUUGGAAAAUACAACGAUCUUUAUGUUCUGCCAGUAUAGAAAUUGAAAGCAUUAAACUAUUCUGCGCCGAUUACAAUGUACAGCAUUUGAUUACUUCCCAAUGUUUUCACACCUUGACGAGAAGCAGCUUUAUUUUCCACAUAUAUUUGUCACGUUUGUGCCAGAGCCUUUAUUAUUUCUCCGGUCAGUCGAAAUGAACUAACUGGCCAAUUUAACAGAGGGACAAAUAAUGAGAGGACAAACAUAAACAUUCUCAGUACUAUUAAUGUCUAUUUCAGUGGUAUUUAUAACUCUGCUCCUAGUUCUUAUGGGCAUCAUCGGCAUUACAAAUGCAGCUAUUCGCGAUAAGGUAACCCUGCCAGAUAUUCAAGACAGUUACAGCUCAUAGUUAUUCAUUACUUUUUGGAACAAGCCCCACUAAGCUGCAGCUGUAUUUACAGCUAUCUAUUUUAUUUUAUAUUUUGCUGCAGCUGCCCAUGCAGAAAAUAUGAGUGUACAGAUAAACUAACAUGAAAUUUCCUAUGUAGACUACAUCAGUCAUAGAGCGCGAUAUGGCGAUGCAGAGCUGGAUGGGUUGUGAGUGGAGGGGUGGGGGUGGGAGCCAACUGCAAAGCGCAAGCCGUCUCAUUUACUUUUAGUUUCCGUGUUGAUUUCAUAAAUUAACAUUGAAGCAGUUUUAUUUUAAGUUAAGAUUUCUGUAUCCAUUAAUUUGGGAGACGAUCUUAACGUCCAGGUUACUAUUAUCCAGUAAUGUUGAUAAUGGGUAAACACAAUAGACUCGAAUGAGGUCGAAGAGGUAUGUGGGCACGUGUCCUUCUGCCUUCUUUUUAAACUUAAAGUUCAUGCAGACGGUGUUCACAACACUGUAGGAAAAAAACUGUCAAUAGGCCACCGUCAAUAUUGCUGUGUAGGCAUUAAUACCCAUAUAAAUUAUUUGUUUGGGAACGUAAUUGCACAUUGACAAUAUUCUAUAAAUUAAGACAAUCUUACUAGUCCAGAUCCGAUCCAACCAUAUUUUCAAGAUUCCAAGUGUUACAAACUCGACCUGCCAUUAACCUAUUAUUGGAUAAAAGCGUCAAUCAAAUCCAAUUAUUAAAAACCAGUGUUUGCCGUUUUUAACUAAAACAGCCCUGAUACCUUGUAGACAAUUAUUUCCUUUGCAUUAUGUUCAUAGGCCAAACAGUUUCCAACAUGAAAUGUAUAUUUCAAUUCUAUGCAAUUUACACUUUGAUAAUUAAUUGAUAUCACACGCUCAAUUGUAUUCAAUAACCAAGUGUACAGAACAACCCACUGAUAAAUUAUGAUAUUUUAUAAUAUUUCGUUCUAAGAUUUUUUUUAAAAGCCUUCCAUUGUAAAAAAUAACAAAAGAUAAACGAUUUUAACCUCAAAAAGUCAUUUCGGUAAUAUAAUCAAAUAAUCUGCCUUUGGAGUGAUCUUUUAGGCUUUGAUAAGGCAUAAUGCUCUUCGUCCUAAUGUUAAAUUUGUCCUGGUCUAUCGCAGUACAAUCACAUCUCUGAUAGGGAAUCAUUUCUGUUAAGACUUAAAAUAUACCGGCCUUUAACACCGCUCAUGGUAAAAUGCCUGUCUAGGAAAUGUCUAUAUUUUUCAAAUUGCGAGGAAACAUGGGAAACUAUUUUACUCAAUGUCCUUCCUUAACAGUUGCUUUGUUUGGUUCCAUCGCUGAGAGAGAGAGAGAGAGAGAGGGGGAAAAACGAACAGUCCUGCGGAUGCAUUGAAUUCGUCAUUAAAAUUAAUUAAAGGCUGAGUAGGUGUUUCCAAUUUAAUGAAAACAUGGGAUAAUUACCACAAAGAAAACAUAUAUAAAUUACAAUUCAGGUAGGCAGGCAAGAGCAUUUUGCUAUUCUGCAAUCUCUUUUAGUGCCACAAAAAAAAUCUAUAUAAGGUUUUUAUGCCUUGCGUUCCAAAGUUAUUCCUAUGCAUAUCCAUGCAAUAUUUUUCCGCUUUCCCUCGAUAAAAUUGCCAAAUAAUAAUGAAUCAUUUCAUAAAUAAUGGCUUGGCUGUCUUAUCUGGGCAGGGCGGCCAGGGCUGGUUUCUUAUCUCGCCUGGCCACAUUGCUGUAGUGUUCCGCUCUCCAUACUAAAUAGGAAAUCGAACGUGAUGUAAAAUCAACUCCACUCUCCAAGGCAUAAGCUGCCAAAAAAACUUAAUACAGCACAAAGAUCAGCCAUGGAGGGGGCUGAAAAUGGCUGCUAACGCUUUUCUAAUAAGCAAGGAUGAUGAAGUUGUUUCGCCAUUUCUUCCAACCUUUGACGCGAACUCAGUUAAGACAGUGACGAAUUCCAUACUUCAACACGAUGAUGGAAAAGGUCGGAUUGGAUCCUGGUGAAAAUCGCAGCGAUGAUCUGAGCCCCGUUGAGAAAGAUUCCCCAGGACAGGCAGCGGGACGGACGAGCGAGCCUGCAGACCAAUCCACCGAGGGACAGCGGGUCCAAGCUGAGCAGCAAACUGCGUCAAAUGAUGGGGUUUCCAAGGAAACCAGGCACGAUUCCCCUGAUCCCCUAUCGGAAGUGCCCGUCAUAAACCUAAUGCAAAGAGGGGUCCAGCCUAUAAAUGAGAGUGAUCAGAAAGGCACGUUUACUCAUUCAGUGCCGACCACCGAGUUGUCAAGACCCCCUGUGCCUCUGACUCUGCAGAGCCCAGUGAACGAGAAUCGGAUGGUCCAGUUAACGGCAGCGCAUCUCACCCUGCCUGCAGCCAGAGCGAUGCUGUACAACAGCUCGUCCCAGUAUCAGACCCUGCCUCUUCUAAGCAGUGAUCCAGAACCAUUCAACAUGUUCCCCAGUAACAGAGCGAAACGAAGGUCGGGUCCUUACGAAGUGGAAGUCACUACUACUGGUGGCUCGCAGCCUAAAAUCGUGCGGAGGAUCUUUACAAACAGCAGGGAGAGGUGGAGGCAACAAAAUGUCAACGGAGCCUUUUCUGAACUUCGCAAACUGAUCCCGACCCACCCUCCCGACAAGAAACUUAGCAAGAACGAGAUCCUCCGCCUGGCCAUGAAAUAUAUCAACUUCUUGGCCAAGCUCCUGAGUGAUCAGGAGCAGGAGGGCGAGCAGCGAGGGUUACAACUAAAAGAAGGGGACAGUACCAGAUUGGCCAGCGAUGACAUCGAGGAGAUGUCUCCAGAAUCGAGCUGUGGAAGUUGUUUUGAUGGAACAGGAAGCCCGGGAAGCCUAAGCGAAGAGCACGAUCACCUCGAGUCACGACACGGAAACCACCAUCACUCCAUACUUCCUCCAGAUGUCAAUGGACAACGGUGAUAUCCUUGCAACAAAAAGAGCCGACAGGGAGAAUGGAAAAUUGCAGCUAAAAGAUAACAGACUGUUACACUUACCACCGUCUGCCGAAUCAAUUAGCGUUUUAUUUUCAUUUUCAGUACAACAUUAUCACUAACAUUUUCAGGUACAAAAAAUACUAAAUGACUGUCUUGCUGGAUGUAAAUUAGUCUGUUAUCGGAUUUACGAUUGACACUGUUUAAAUACAGGAUGUAAUAUUUCCUAAAAUCGUGGUACAUGUAAAUAUUGUACGAGCUUCGAGCGCCGUAUGUGGAGAGCAAAUGGAAAAUUUCCAUGGAGCAAAUUCUCCGUCAUGGAAAAUUCAAGGCGGCCAGGAGUAGUUUUAUUUAAAGCAGUAACAUUUCCCCCUGACAUGUUGCAUGUUAGGCUUUUUAUAUCGACAUAAUCAAUUCAUACACUCUAGCCAGGACGCACUAAUCAUUUGUCAAAGAAAGACUGAGCAGGAGAGGUACUUUGUUUUACAUUAAAAUGUGGUCCCCGGAAAGGGAUCCCGGGACUUCAAACGUAAAUAUAAAUUAGAAGACGAAAUGAAAUUAAAAAAAAAAACUUGAAUUGUUGAGACAUUUUGCAAUCUAAGUUUUUUAACCCCCCCCCCCCCCCCCCCCCCCCCCCCCCCCCCCCCCC